AUGCACAGAUGUCGUGGCUCUGAAAGGACAGAGGUGGGCAGUAAGGAGGGCUUCAUGAGCCAAUGUGAUCAGAGUCGGAGAGAUGCCUGGUCGGGUGAAGUGUGUAAGCAGAAAACUGGAACACAACAGGAGGACCUGGAGAAUACCUCGACUGAACAGGAGACCUUAAAACCGAGCCAUAAACUGUGUGAAAGUCUCGGGGAAGUGACAGGUCAGAGCCAUGAGAGUACGGGGACUACACUCGGAGCAAGCAUCGAGGUCUCCCUGCAACAGGGAGUGCUCCCACCUGAAGCAGACAAUUCACAGCUUCAGGAGCUGGCGGAUUCCCAGGCUCCACACGGGCCUGGCCUUCCUGAGGAAUGCAGCCUAGAGAAUCCCAUCGAUGAAUGCACCCCAGAGGAUCCCAUCGAUGUGAGCUUGGACCCAGCGAUAGACCUUCCUGAGGAAUGCAGCCUAGAGAAUCCCAUUGACACGAGCUUGGACACAGCCAGGGACCCGGGUGAGGAGAGACACUUGGAGCUCAUUGUGGACAGUGAGCAUAUCUUUAAGGAACCCACUGGACUGGGCCAUAAUGAAGAUGGAUGUGACGCAGGGAGAGGCCUGGCAGUGGAUGCAGCUCUGAUAACAUCUCCAGAAGACCCAGGCCCCCAGCACAGCAAUGGCUGUCCCACCUCAGUCCACAGCAGCGAUGAAGAGGGAGUGCCUGAGAGUGCCACAUCGACAGCAGAUGGAGGGGCAGUGGGCAUUGGCCUGACGAGUGAUGGAUCUGACCUGUGUGCAGAGGCUGGGAGACUGGGAACAUUGCAGAGUCCUACUGACUCCCCUCCCCAAUGUCCCGAUACGUCCCAGCACCGGGCUGGGGAUGGGGAGCACGGCUUCCUUGCGGAGCCCGGAGCUGGAGGAAACAAGCCGGUACUGAGCGUUGAUGUCCCCCAGAGCGAAGGAGGAGCUUCAAAGGAUACGGAGGAGGGUACGGAGAGUGAAGGAGCAACUGUCAGCACAGCUCCCUGGUGCCAGGGGGAGCAAGCUACAGUGCAGGGCAGCACUGGUGAAGAUAGCGUGAUCAAAGUGAUUGAUGACAGACCACCACUACCCGCUCCGUUUGAACAUCGCUGUGUGUCAUUUCGAACAGGACCAGUGAGGAGCUUCUACCAGUAUAACCUCAACGAGGUACUCGGAGGGGGUCGUUUUGGCAGUGUUCACCGAUGUACAGAACGAUCCUCUGAGCUCCAGCUCGCCAUGAAAAUUAUUAAAGUGCGAUCUGCCAAAGAAAAGGAGAGUAUCACCAAUGAAGUACAGGUGAUGAAUCUGCUGAACCAUGUCAAUCUCAUUCAACUCUACGAUGCCUUUGACACCAGGAGUGAGAUGAUUCUCAUGAUGGAAUACUAUCUAAUUAAUCAUAUUCCCUGUGCUGAGUUCUGUGAAAUGCUGUCCUGGUCCCUUUUGAAUCCAGAAAAUAUCUUGUGUGUGGACCGGAAUGGUAAUCAGGUGAAGAUCAUCGAUUUUGGAUUGGCAAGAAGGUACAAGCCCAGAGAUAAACUGCGUGUGUCCUUUGGAACACCAGAGUUCCUCGCUCCAGAAAUUGUCAACUUUGAGCAUGUCUCCUUCCCUACAGACAUGUGGAGCCUGGGUGUCAUCACCUACAUGCUAUUGAGUGGCCUAUCACCAUUUCUAGGCGAUAGUGAUGCUGAGACCCUCAGUAACAUCCUCACCACAAACUGCAACUUUGAUGAUGAAGCUUUUGAAAACAUCUCGGAGGAAGCAAAAGAUUUUAUUGCAAAUCUGCUGAUCAGGGAGAAAAGUGGGAGGAUCAGUGCUGCCCAGUGUCUGAAACACCCUUGGCUCAGCAACAUUGCUGCGAAAAGCAAGCACAGCAAGAUCCAACUGAAGUCACAGGUCUUGCUGAAGAAGUAUGUAAUGAAGCGUCUGUGGAAGAAGAAUUAUUACGCUGUUGCUGCAGCGAACAGACUGAAAAAGAUCAGCAGUUGUGGAUCAUUCACUUCGCUGGGUGCUGGAAGCAAAGGACCAUCUGGUAAUCUGAAACAGAAGGAGCAACGCAAUAGCAUCCGAUUCAAAUGUGUUUUGACCAACACUAUUCUUGAUGUUCUUCGUCAGCGACCUGGAUGGGUUGAAGUCAAAGAUGAAGGAGAUUGGGACUUUUACUGGUGUGACAUCAGUUGGCUACGUGAAAACUUUGGCUACACGUAUAUGGACGAGCAUGUUCGUGUCUGUCACUUUCGCAACCACUAUGAGUUGACACGGAAAAACUUUAUGGUGAAAAACCUGAAGAGGUUUCGCAAACAGCUGGAGCGUGAUCAGGGGAAGCAAGAGGCAGCAAAAUGUGACUUCUUUCCGAAGACGUUUGAGCUGCCUGUGGAGUACCACCUUUUUGUGGAGGAGUUCAAGAGAAAUCCUGGAAUCACCUGGAUCAUGAAACCGGUUGCAAGAUCACAGGGCAAAGGCAUCUUUCUUUUCCGAAAACUUAAAGAUAUUAUGGAGUGGAGAAAGGAUGGGAAUCGUGCUGAUGACUCAAAGGAUGAAGUUGCUGUGGAAAGUUAUGUUGUUCAGCGCUACAUUGAGAACCCCUAUCUAAUCGGAGGGAGAAAAUUUGAUCUGCGAGUCUAUGUACUGGUGACAUCUUAUGUUCCUCUGAAAGCCUGGUUAUAUAGAGAUGGAUUUGCUCGAUUUUCAAACACCCGAUUUUCACUGAGCAGCAUUGAUGAUCAUUUCAUACAUCUUACGAAUGUUGCUGUGCAGAAAACCGCCCCUGACUAUGAUCCAGAAAAGGGCUGCAAGUGGUUGAUGCAACAACUACGACAGUACCUGACAGCAAAACAUGGCACUGAGGCGGUGGAAGCACUUUUUAGAGAUAUGGACAAUAUCUUCAUCAAAAGUUUGCAAAGUGUCCAAACAGUAAUCAUUAAUGACAAGCAUUGUUUUGAACUCUAUGGAUAUGACAUUCUGAUCGACAAGAACCUAAAACCGUGGCUUUUAGAAGUGAAUGCUUCUCCUUCACUAAUAGCUAGUAGCCAGGAAGAUUACGAGCUGAAGUGCCGUUUGCUGGAGGACACAGUGCAUGUUGUAGACAUGGAAGGAAGAUUAUCUGGGAAGGAGAAACAGGUCGGAGGAUUUGACCUAAUGUGGAAUGAUGGUCCAGUUUAUAGUGAUGAUGGAAGCUUCGAUGGAGGCAUCAACCUCAUUUCUAACACUCGCUUGGGUUGCAUUAAUGACAGGAAGAAGCAGUUAUGGCAACUCUUUAAACCACUGAUUACACAGAAGAAGUAGCAGUGCUGAGUAGCACUAUAGAAACUGAUGAAGAACGUAAAUACUCUAAUUGACCCUGGGCAGAGCAGCCUGUCUGCAAUUGUUUGUAUCUCUAUUUAUCAGCCUGUAGUCUGCCUGGUGUCCCACUGAAAGACGAUAUGGAGCACAAUUUGCUAUAUCACUUUUCCCCAGAAUGCUGAGUUCAGGUUCUUGUUGCUGCUGACUUCAAAGUAUUGAUGGAAUGAAAACACACAGUUUGACCUUUCGUCCGUUUUGGAAUGAAUGAUCACUUCAGCCAGAACGUAGUAGAAAACAAAAUAAAAUUGUGUGAG